AGAAUAAAACAAAUACGUGUUCUGACAUGUGUUAUGUAAUAAUCUGUUUGUACGCAGAGUGUAGUUACGUGUUCUAACUGCAGCUGUACAUUCACACAGUGCGCUGUUUGUGUUGAAUAACGGUCCUGAAGGAAGAUUAGUGCUGGGACCAUGAGCUGGACAUGAGCUGGACGUGAGCUGGACAUGAGCUGGACAUGAGCUCAGAUCUUCAGGCUUGCUGAGGUUUUUGGAGGAAUUAUAUCGCUGUUUGAUCUUCUGAACAAACAAACAAACAAACAAAAUUUGUGAAAGGAUAAUGACAGAAGCAAAGAAGAAUACUGGGCUAAGAAAACGUUGCUCAAGAUUAGAUGCCUUGAGCAAUCUCUAACCACUCUGGGAACUUUAACUGUAAUGCGACAUAAACAUGUUGCAAACAAAAGUGUCGUACUAGUCGUUUAGUUUCCAUGAGAAUUGAUAGCCACCAGUAGACACUCACACUUGUGAAGAAAAGAGAAGAAACACAAUGUACCAAGUAGUACCUGGAGGAGCUGGGGGCACUAUCACGGAAGGGGUGCCCCUUAAAAAAACAAACAAGCAAAGUCGUCCACUAGUAGGUGCUGGAGUUCUGGGUCUGGUCCUGGUUAUCGCUGCUGUAGCAGCGUGGUGUUACUAUAUCGCCUCCCUCCGCAAAGCCGAUCUCUUAAAGACAGAGUUGUUGGACCUUAAUAAGGAUGGCUUUCUCAUCCGCAACCAAGCUGGCGGGAUUGUGUUCAAGAUGGCUUUCAGAUCUGGAACCCUUGAUUUGGACUCAUGUUCUAAGGAGGAUGUGAUUCUGCGGUGCUCACGCUCCUAUGCUGGCAAAGUGAAUUUCUUCAUAAUGACUGUGAAGCCCAAGGAGACUGUAAUGUGCUACCGUGUGAGGUGGGAGGAGCUGGAGUCGGACCGACCUGUAAUGCACGCCAUGUCUUACAACGGCUCUCACUGGUAUGGUGGUUCCGAAUCUGCUGUCCAGCACUGGCCCAUUGCCAUCUCGGGUCAGCAAGCGCCCAAGCCCUUUGUUACCAGUGAUGUUUAUUCAAACCGCAAUGACUUCGGUGGCAUUUUGGAACGCUACUGGCUCUCGUCCAAUGCCACUGCCAUCAAGAUCAAUGAUUCAGUGCCCUUUCACUUGGGCUGGAAUGACACCGAGAAGUCAUUGUAUUUUGAGGCACGAUAUCAGGACAGUCCAUAUAAACCCCUUCCUGGAAUGCCACCAUAUGCUGAGCUUAGCUAUCGCGUGUGCGUGGGCCCUGAUGUGACCUCGAUCCACAAGGUCAUGGUCCGCAGGUACUUCCCCAAACCCAACAAAGUACCCUUAGAAGCAAUGUUCCGAUAUCCUAUAUGGUCCACCUGGGCUUUACAUAAAACUGACAUUAACCAGGAUAGACUUUUGAAAUAUGCAGAAAACAUACGAAAACAUGGCUUUAACUGCAGUCAAAUAGAACUGGACGACCGGUACACCAGCCGGUAUGGUGAGUUUGAUUUCGAUCCUGAAAAGUUUCCUAAUGCAUCUUUAAUGUUCCAAAGGUUAAAGGCUGAUGGCUUUCUGUUGUCAUUAUGGACACAUCCCUUUGUGAACUACGAAUCAUCCAACUUUGGCCUGUGCGUCCAGAAAGGUCUUUUUGUGAUGGAGCCCACUGGACAACUUCCUGCUUUAGUGCGAUGGUGGAAUGGCAUUGGUGGCAUUCUGGACUUUACCAACCCAGAUGCUCGCAACUGGUUUACCUCCCAUCUGCGAGCAUUGCGUUCCAAAUACGGUGUGUCAUCCUUCAAGUUGGAUGCGGGUGAAACAAACUUCCUGCCCUGGCAUUUCCGGACGCAGGUCCAUCUUCCAGAUCCUAGCACAUUCACGCGCCGGUACACAGAAAUGGCCCUGCCAUUCAACGAACGAGCAGAGCUACGUUCAGGCUAUGGCUCACAGAACAUCUCCUGCUUCUUCCGCCUCAUUGAUCGUGAUUCGGUUUGGGGCUACGAGCUUGGUCUCAAGUCCAUCAUCCCUACCGUCCUCACCAUCAGCAUCCUCGGCUACCAGUUUAUCCUGCCUGACAUGAUCGGGGGCAAUGCGUACAACAACCGAACUUAUGGGAACGGAAAGCUCCCUGACCGUGAGCUUUACAUACGCUGGCUUGAGCUUUCUGCCUUCAUGCCAGCCAUGCAGUUCUCCAUCCCACCAUGGGCAUACGAUGAUGAGGUGGUAGCCAUCGCUCGGCGCUUCACAGCACUCCAUGAGACAUUGGUGGCCCCCAGAGUUCUGGAGCUGGCAGGGGAGGUGCUAAAUACCGGUGACCCCAUCAUCCGUCCUUUGUGGUGGAUAGCCACUGGUGAUGAGACGGCCUACAGAGUGGACUCGCAGUUUCUCAUAGGAGAUGACCUUAUGGUGGCGCCAGUGCUGGAGCCUGGCAAGCAGGAACGGGAUAUCUACCUCCCGACUGGCCACUGGAGAAGCUACAAGGGCGAGCGCUAUGAUAAUAAAGAACCUAUGCAUCUCACAGAUUACGCUGUGGAUCUCGAUGAGAUUGCAUAUUUUCUUUGGGUUCAGUGAUGCUAUUACAAUUGUUACUAUUUUUUUUUUCAGGGGAUGAGCAUUAUAUGCUUUGCAUAAUCGCAUAUUCAGGGCUGUUGUGUGUUUCACUUAAAGCAACUAAAGCUUGACGCAUUAAGACAACACACUUGUGAUGUAGAAGCAAACAUUUACUGUGCUGUUUUAACCAAUAAUGUAAUAAUUUGUGUUCCGUUUUGGCUGUGCAGUUGCAGAAGCUAGAUGUGCGUACAGUGCUCAUACUCACUCAUGCUUCCAACCACUUUAUCCAGGUCAGGGUUUGCAGUUCAUCCUGAGCCUUUCCUAGGAAUACUGGGGAAUACACCCUGGAUGGGAUAGCAGUCACAAAGCACACACACACAUUCGCAUACUCAUUCAGGGGCAAUGUAGCAUAUCCAGUAACUCUAAUGGUAUGUUUGGGAGGUGGGAGGAAACCAGAGAUCCCAGAAGGGACCUAUGGGGAGAACAUGCGGAAAUCCGCACAGUCAGAAACUUGAGCUCAGGAUCGAACUGCUGUUCCAUCAUGUCAUCCCAUACUCAUGUGCCUUACGUUUUGUUUUGAACGUACAUAUAACAACACGCCAGGUUCGCAAGCUUAAAGACUAAACCAAAUACUAGCUAGAGCUAGAGCACACUUUGAAUGGUAAACAUGGUAUGAACCAUUAUGACAAUUCUCACUUGUUGGCAAUAAUUAAUACUUGUCUACAGCUACCAACUAUUGCAUAAGCUCAGAUUGUUUUAUAUAUUUGAGCGCAUGUAAGUCUAAAGUUGGAUGGUAAUAGCUCAAAUGAAAGGGAAUGAAUUGGUUUACUGUGAAAAUAAAUGUGUCCUUAUCUUAAGGCACUGUCAAUGUGGUACACACAACAAGCGUGUACUCCUCCAGAUCGUAUGGUGUUUAACACAUUUUUGUAUGUGCUUGAAAUUUUGGUCAAAGCUAAGCUAUUGUGGUUAUAUGCAUGUCUGCAAGGUUAUACCAAUUUAAUAAGCAGUUAUACUGUAGCAUUCGUGGUGUCUUAAAAGCACACACUAGCACCUUUUGAACAUGGGAGAAAAUAUGUAUUCUUUUUUAUAUACUAAAGCUGUAUGCUGUUUCAUACUCUAUUUUUAGAAUGCGUCCUAAACAUUACUAGUAUAGCAAACAGUUUUACUUUAUUCCGUGUAGGUUCAAUAUCGCACCCUAGCAAUCACAGAAAUUAACGCAAAAUUAACCAGUAUCCGCAGGAGAUUACUACGGGUUUACAUUUUUGGCAUUCGGUAGACAUUCUUAUCCAGAGCGACUUACGUUUAUCUCAUUUAUACAGCUGAGAAGUCGAGGGUUAAGGGCCUUGCUCAAGGGCCCAGUAGUGGCAGCUUGGCAGUGCUGGGAUUUGAACUCAUUUCCUUUGGAGCAAUAGUCCAAUGUCUUAACCAAUAUGUCACUAAAAUAUUACUUCCCAGAUUUGGGCCAAGACACGUCAUUUGGUGUCAUCACAAAGCACACGUGUCGCACGUGAGUACAGCUAAAGCGUCUUAUUAUUAUAAUUAUCCGUCCAUAUAGGAUGUUUUGAAGGUUUUUAAAAAAAUUAUUUUUCAUUGUCGUGGCCAAAAAUACUUGAAUUGGCGAAAUUGCAAUUGCAUGUAAUUUUAUCUUUCGAAGUGUUGUUUGUUGGGAAGCAAGACCUUUUAGCUGUACUCAUAUUUGAUGCACGUGAACUGAAGAGGGCUUUGGCUGAAUGCACGUCGUAUGACGUCACAUGACGCGUCUUUACCCAAAUCUGCGGAAAUUCUGAAAAAUUGCAAGCUCCCCUGAAUAUUGCGGAGCUUGCUUGAUUUUGCAUUAAUGUCUGCGACCGCAAAAUCCCGGAGGGACUAAAUUGUCUUUAUUAAAUAAUAUUUUCCAAUGUUGAGACUAGACUAUAUACUAUAUAUACCUAAACCUACGUAGUGUUAAACAGGGAUGAUUAGUCAUGGAAUGUUUUUGUUGUUGUUUUGUUUUCACCAGCUAUUUUUUUCCCCAGUCACGUAGCGUUCUCACCUAGCUAGCAUUUGCUAGAGUGUUGGCUGCUGCUAUCAAUGCACUCCUCAAGAUUUAUUUCAUGUUCACGUUUUACCAGGUUUCUUGUAUUGUAGGAACAUGCUGCACUAGUUUCCUCUUGAUAUUUUCACAGUGCAGUGCAGAGCAGCUUGCUUUGCUUUGAUUGCCAUCAUUAAUCGUGACAUGCGUCCAUUUCCUGUUCAUUUUCUAACACCACAGUGAACACUAAGCUUAUGUCACAUAGUAUCACGUGAAAAUAAGCACAGGAUCGAACCAGGAUGCAUCCCUGAUAAUCCCCUUGAGACAUAGAAUAAGCUGCCAUGACAUUGCCAAAUACUACACUGGCGAAAAUAAUGGAAUCACUACUGUUUUUUUUCUUGUUUUUUUUAAAAUUUCGUACUAAAUAAACAAAUCACAGAUAUGACACAACAUGAUUUUUGUUUAAUAGCUGAACAUUCUGGAACAUUGAAACACAUCAAACAAAUUAAAUGAAAUUAAAUGAAUGGCAUAUUUUUUCCAGAUCAAAUAGAUGAAAAACGUGAAAUCAUUCAAUAUUGAGGAAUAAAUUAUGGAAUCAUCAACACCCCCCCGAUGGACUUCACUAAUGAAAAACAAUAUUCUCCAUCAAGCUGGUUCCAACUUUCUUGGAUAGCAAAUCAGCUUUGCAGGCUCGAGCCUUGUCAUGGACCAAUUUUUUUGCGUUUCCACCAUAAACGUUGAAUCGGAUUGAGAUCUGGACAGUUUGCUGGCCAUGUCAUUGAGUUGAUGACAUGACGAAAGUUCCAGCAUCGUCUCCUUGGCCAAUGCAGAUUCGUGAUUCAUCACUGAAGAUCACUUCCAUCCAAUCAUUCACACUCCAUGACUGCUUCUCUUUAGCCCACUGUGACCUUGUUUUCUUCUUUUUAGCUGUUAGUGCUGGUUUUCAUGUGGCUUUUCUGUACGUAAAUCCCAUUCCGUUCAGACGAUUUCCUACAGUUCUGUCACAAACCUUGACUCCUGUUUCCGCCCAUUUGUUUUUCGUUUGUUUUGCUGUGCGUUUUCGCUUUGAGUUUUCUACCCUGACGCGUUGACGUCUUCCUUGGUCUACCCGUAUGUUUUCCUUGUAUUACCUUCCCAUUUUGUUUAUACUUGCACCACAUUUUAGACACAGCUGAAAGGAAACAACCAACAUCUUUCGCUUCACUCCGUGUCAGAUUUCCUUCUUGAAGGAGUUUUAUAAUCAUUUCCAUUGUUUCAAUUGACAACUCUGUUGUUGGGGCCAUGUUUCCUUUCAGUUUGCCAAGUUCAACAGCUCACUAAUGUCUGUAAGGACUCUCUUUUAACUGCAGGUGAAUUUGCAUUGUUAGACUUGUGCUGGUAUUUGUUUUAGAAAUGCAAACUACAAGGUGAUUCCAUAAUUUUGUUCCUCGCGAUUCCAUAUUUUUUUCCUCUACUUGAUCUGGGAAAAAAAUGCCAUUCAUUAAAAUCAUUUCAUUUCAUUUGUUUGAGGUAUGUUUCACGAAGCCAGACUGUUCAGCUAUUAAACAAAAAUUGUUUUGUGUCUUAUCCGUGAUUUGUUUAUUUGCUACUAAGUAAAAAAUUCGGGUGAAGUGCAGUGAUUCCAUAAUGUUUGCCAGGGGUAGUAUGUAACACCAUCCAGUCUUAUUUCUCCUGCCAUAUUUAUAUUUCACAUUACAUAUUCAUGUUGUACAUGAGGUUUGUAUGCAGUGUUAAAUGGUUGUAGUUUUUAUAAAUACACUAGAAUAAAUAUUCUUGAAGACUGCUUCUAUGAGCCACUAUAUAAGGGAUGAGAUCUCAGUGUUUACCGUACAUAUAGUGGGAGAAUAAGCAAUAUGCGCCAAAAUGUGUGUGUGUGUGUGUGUGUGUGUGUGUGUGUGUGUGUGUGUGUGUGUGUGUGUGUUUGCACGUGUACGUGUACGUACGUGGAGCUUUCGUAUGAAGAUUUUCUGUAUAUAAAACAGGACUAUUUUUGGUGCAUGGUAUUAUUUCAGGGUAGUGCAGCUUAAGGUACAUUUUAGGAAAAUCCAUUUUCUAUGCACCAGUAUGUGUUGAUCAAUUAUGAUAUGAUAUGUGCAAGACAUUUUUCACUAGAUACAUGCAUGGUUGAUUAACAGAGUUUAUGCUGAUCGUGCACGUUUAGAAAUGGAUCCAGGUUUCUGCAUUGCAAAACAAUGAAGCAGCGAAGCUCCAAUGAAGCAAGAACAUUAUUUACACACUCUGUACCCCGCUUAUCUUGUUAACACUGACAUGACACCUGGCCCGUAUAUAGCUCCCGGAACAUUGAUUGUAAAAUGCUGAUGCGCAGGAAAGUUACUAGAGCAAAACCGGUCUUAGUGUCUCUCUCUCUCUCUCUCUCUCUCUCUCUCUCUUAGUGGUCUAAGUCUCUCUCUCCCUCUCUCACACACACUCCAUGUCUCAAUAAUUAUAAAAACACCACAGUUACUGCUGAUGCUUAAAUCUAACUACAGUGUGACUCACAUGGAGAUUUUCUGUGAAAGCUCAGCUUCAGUGUGUCUCAUGGCUGUAGAAAGUGUUUAUCACCACUAGGAGGCAGUGUGUACCUUUUCUUCAUAAUCCAGUCAUAAAGAGUUUACUUCUUUUCCUUUGUCUCUAUUCCCUACAGCUGUAUUUACAUCAAUAUGGUUUUUUUUAACAAGCUAUUUCAAGCUGUUAACAGUUCUGACCUCUUCAAAAUACAAUACAGUAUAAGGUUGCUAUUAAUCAAACCUGAGCCAUCACUGCUAUAAGCAUGUGCUAGUCCUUAUUACUUCUGUUUUUGCGGCUAAAAUGGUGCAUACACUGCUACCUAAAGCAAUAUAUAUAUAUAUAUAUAUAUAUAUAUAUAUAUAUAUAUAUAUAUAUAUAUAUAUAUAUAUAUAUAUAUAUAUAUAUAUCUCCUGCAAACAAAGUGAACCUAUUUGAAAGUGCGAGAGUUGAAUAUUGUUGUAUAUCACUCGUGUGACUAUGAUGUAUUCAUUUUUGUGAAAGUUCAGAAGGAUCGAAGCACCAGUGUUUCGUCCAGGUCAGUUUCCCAGCACUGACUUCUGUUCUGUUAAGAACUCAUUGCCACUAUACUAUGUGUCUGCUUGGUGGACAAUAAAGGACACGAUUAUUAAGAAA